AUGUAUUCCCACGAGAAUGCCACUGACAAAGCUCACAGGAUACAGGACGAGUGUAUCAAAGCCGACUGGAACUUUUUCGUCACUUGGGAACAGUGGGUGCCACCGAAGUUGUGUCCGAUUCCAGCCACUCAAAACGUGUGGAUCCCUGUGGGUAACCACAACAUUCACAUUCGACCUAACAUUACAACUACAUCUGGCCUGCCUCAAGUCAUGAAAUCCAACGUCUCAAGUAUGCCAUCCAGCCAGCCACAUCCUGAAGGACUUCCCAAGAAACAUUUUGGCAGCGAAGUGUGGACGGUGAACACAACCACUGCAACAUCAUUGCCGAACCACAAUAUGAAGGCCAAGGUACUUCCAGUGCUUUGA